UUUCUCGCCCAAUCUGGCAACAUUGUGCUAAAGUCUAUUCCUGUGCAUUGCAGAGCGGCUUUACCGUUAACUGGUCUGGAGUAAGAUGAUCAGGGCCGAGAAGAUACCGCAGCAUCCUCCUUUGUUUUCAGUUCCAGGGUACCAAGGUUGCAAUGUUGUGCCAUGAGGACAGUAAUGCUGGAUGUUCACUUGGUUUGAAUGGUUGUUUGGCCAACUGAGGGGAUGGCGGUGACCUAACAUUCAUCGCUCUGACCACGCUUCUCAUCUUCUUUCAUGUUUCCCCCACUUGCAUGUAAUUAUUUAAGCUAUCGCUUUCCGGCUUUCUCAAGUUUUUACUACUCAUGCAUGCCCCCUCUUUCUGUUGUUCUUGGGGAGAGUAAAUUCAUAAAAGCUGUGGAUUUUUGGCAAGCGUUUUUGGUGUCAGAGUUGAGGUUUAUUACCCAGACACAGCCAACCUGAGGCCAGUAGUAGAGCCAGCGAUAGGGACCACCCCCGGGGAUCGCCGCCAUGCAGAGCCCAGCAGGGGUCUGUUACCUUUAGGCCCCCCUCCAUCUCUCGCCAUCUCUCCCCUUCACUGUUCUCCCCCACAACACCCCGCCCACCUUGUGUCUUGAUGUUGGGCGGGUCCCCUGGUACCCUCACCCUCUGUUGGCCCCCCCGCACCUGCUGCCACUACGGCCACCUCCCGCAGCCACGUUGUCGCCAUGCAGACGGAGGCGCUGGCUCCAGCCCUGGCAGAUAGCAAGGCCCCCGGGCCGCCCGCGCCCUUCAGCUCCGCGGUGCCCCUCCGGAUCCUCAACAAAGGCCCUGACUACUUCCGGAGACAGGUCGAGCCGAACCCAAAGCGCCUGAGUGCAGUGGAGAGACUGGAAGCUGACAAGGCUAAGUAUGUGAAGAGUCAUGAAGUCAUCAAUGCCAAGCAGGAGCCAAUCAAACCGCCCAUUCUGGCCAAGCCCCUCAUUUGCCCCGCACAGCUUGGCAAAAGAGGCUCUGUGGGAGGAGUUGGGAAUGGAGGCGGGAUGACAUUCAAAGCCUCUAAUAACAACGCCAAGGCGGACUCCUGUGCCACUUCUAGCGGGGAAAUCUGCAAGCGGGAGAACCUGAACCUGGAGAUGCUGAAGAACCUCCUGAACUCCUCCUCCUCCCCGGGGGCCGGAUCUGAGGGUCCAGGGGGAGGGGCCAAAAGUGCUGUGAUGCUGAGGUCAUCAGGAGGAGGGGCCAGGAGCUGUAAUCCAUCCAGGAUGCCAUUGACAUACCGGUCCACCAUGACCCUCAAUGAGCAUCCACUGGAAACAGUGCCCAGCCCCAGCACCUCUCACUCCCUCCGCUCCUUCUCCCACUCCCUUAAAGUCCCUCCAGGCCAUAGCAGUGGGCGUCGCAGCCCUCAGCAGGGAGGGAACCUCAACCUCAGCAGACAGGUUCUGGACGAGAGAGGCAUAGGAGGGGGACGGCGCUCCGAGCGCUCCCACUCUCCGCUGCCUCCCCUGCUGACCUCCCACUCGUCCUCAGACCUCCUGCGGCUGUGCAACGGAAAGCCGCUCCGCACCGCCCGCUCCGGCAGCUCCUCCGCACCUCCCCUUCCCCCCAAGCCCCACCCCGCCUCGCUGCCGCCUCCUGCGUUGUCCCUUUCUCUGCCCUCCUACCGGCAGAGCCAGUCCCCCGCCCCCUGUGACGCGGCGACACCCCCUCUGUCCCUGACUUGCGAGCGAGGCGACCCCUCCAAUGCGUCCAGCGACCCAAACCUGGAGCUGGGCUGCUCAGUGGCCCGCCGCCCGACGCUGCACCGCUCCAAGUCGGACCUGUCGGACCGCUACGCCCGGGCCGGCGCCGACGUGGAGCGCUUCUUCAACUACUGCGGGCUGGACCCCGAGGAGCUGGAGGCCGGCGGGCCGGAGAGCUUCACCAGGGCCAACUCCGACAUCGUCAGCCUCAACUUCCGCUCGGCCUCCAUGAUCUCGUCGGACUGCGAGCGGCGGUCAUCCCACGAGGGGCUGUCGGACGCAGAGGAGGGCGAGGCGGAGGAGGAGGAGGCGGGGGAGCGAGUGCCUUACGGGAUCUCGGCUGUGGAGCGCAACGCCAGGGUCAUCAAGUGGCUUUACAGCAUCAAACAGGCACGAGAGACGCAGAAGGUCUCUCAUGUCUGAGAAGGGGAACACGAAGCAGACUGUUUUCUUUGUGUCUGAAGAACAAGUCAUGGGAGGAGAGUCAGAGACCUGGGAGUGGCCGCCAGUUGAAUUGAGGCUAAUGGCAACAUUGAGAAAUGUGCAUCAAAGCAGGUGGUCCAUGUUCUUUGUGUGGAUGCGAAUAAAAGCAUCUGUGCAGACAGUACAUGUACAGACAGACAGCAUAUAUAGAGCUCGACAGACCACAGUACUACCAAACCAUGAAAUAAAAGGGGAAGCAUGAGAAGUAGAUAUAAACUAGCAGAAUGACAGCUUGGUUACAUACACAGAUCCACUAAAGAACGCACUCAUUUGUAUUACAAUGGACGUUUCUUGAUGGACACAAAAUCUGCCGUGCACAAAGGCAGUUGGGUUGUUUCUUUGAAUAAAUCUCUGAUUCCUGUUGCUUAACCAAUGCUGAUAGACUACGGGGCAGUCACUUGGCCACCAAACAGAGGGAUUAUUUAGCUGAGAACAUUCUUCCAACCAUCGAUUACCCUGAGAAGAAAAUAACACUCUUCACAUCUAUUCAAAGUUAUGUCGGACUUCAAUCUGUAUAACUUGCUGAAUUAUCUGAGUAGUGUUACAACACUUGAGCGACCCUGCUAAUGAAAACUUGUUAGACUUGACGAUCACAACUCCAUCAGACAACUCCAAUUUGACAGGCAGGUGGCGGUGGUGUGCUAGUAGAAUUUUGCAGAAUAAUCACAUUGCUGUAUGUGUUAGGGUUGCCCAAAUUACAUAACCAACUCUGUACGAGGCAACAAGUUUGCCUUUCAUUAUCCAGUUCACUUUUAACGAAAAGGCCCACUUGAAACAAUGACAUAAAUCCAAAAUCAAUGUUCACAAUUUAGAGAUAUAGGCCAAAAGUACUGUAGCAACAAGGAGAGUAGAUUUUGAAAUUACAUUUUGGGUGAUUAUUUUGGUGUGUUGCAUUCAGAUUUCUCUAUUUAUCCAAGGGGAAAAUAUUGAUUUGGGAACAGUUAGUCCCAAUGCUAAUGAUAAUAGUUGAUCAUUGAUCACGAUAUGCGAAAGGUAAAGGUUAGCCCCUUUAUGCAUGUUGUCAAGGAUGGCAAUGAGGCUACUUGGGGUAUGACUCAAAUGUCCUUUUUGAAUUUUCAAGUCAACAUUACUUACAAUAUGGGCUAGAAUGAGUCUUCCCUCCCUAUGUUUCCCUUUAAAGAAACUAGCAGCUUGACAGAGUGUUUACCUUUCAGAAGGCAGAGAUAGUAGAAAAGACUUCUGUAAUUUGGGGAAACAUCAAAAUGUUGGACUGGAAUCAUUUGGCUACAGGUGUGUUAUAAUGCGCAAUGUAUUAACAAUUUAUAAUUUCACUCACUUUCAAGCUUAAUUCUGAACCAGUUUACUUUCAUUACGCUGCGUUAAACUAUAGCUCGCCUUGUUCCUCCUGACAUUAUUUCUUGUGUUGUAUUCUUAAGAGCCUGAUAAAAUUUGUUUUAUUAUUUUCAAAUGAUUAUGUGUCUGCCAUUGUGCAUACAUUUCACAUGACUGACAAAUAAUAUGUUUGAAAUACAAAAAAAGGCCUAGAAUUUAGGUCGUCGUAUGACAUUGGUUAAUUUAGAAACAUAAAAGUUAAUAAUUUGGAAUGAAAAAGGCCACAUUGUCCAAAAUGGUGGAUCCUAGAUCCUAGAGACCAUAUUGUGUUCAUUUAUAUUAAUUAUGAGUAACAGGUGAGAGAUCAAAAGACUGGCUGAGAUGGGGGUAGAUUGGCAAGAGAAUUACCGUAUCAUUAACGUCAAAGGUCAACCUUUUGGCAAACAUUAAAGGCACAGCUAGAAAUAUGUUUCUUGCAGCUGGUAUAACACCUGCAGUGCAUUUCUCCCCAACCACAUAUGCCUCAUUAUUUGACCUACAGUGCUGAGCUGUUCCAGAGCCAUGCAUUCAAUGGCUCCCCAACGCACCACCAUUCUUAUGGAUCAGGGCUGUUAAUGUGUUUGUUAUGUAGGUUAAACAUGUUUUACUUUUUAGGAAAUUAUUGAAUACAAACCUGUACAUACUCAUUACAUUUGGAAAAAGCUACCUCCACACUUUUAUCUUAAGUUAGUCUCUGAGACACAUACACCACCACAGUACCAGCAGUAAACCCGAGCAUCUCUUGUCAUGAUGAAUGCCCUGAGCUUUUCUAAACCAGCUACAGUUUCAACAUUGCAUAAAGUACAAACCUUGACACUUUUUUGUGGAUGUCACUUUGGUGGCAACAUAUCAGAAGGGCCAAAAGCCAUAUGUAGUUGCGAUUUCUCCCCUGUCCUUAGUUCUAAUAAACUCACAGCUCUUGAAUCAACUACAAUAAAUAUGUGAUGGAAGUCGAGAACACACAUCCCUAGACACUGAAACCCCUACAGGGCUGUGGGAGCCUGCUGCUGUCUAUGGUGCCCAUGUUCUCCCUGUGGUCCUCGCUAUUGCCUCAAUUUGACUGAUCAUCUAUAUCAUCUAUCGUCUCAGUAAUGUUUAAGCAUUGACCAGGUUUGUGUGAUCAUAGAGUACACAGGUAACAAUGACUUUAGCCCCAGUCUAGCCCUGCAAAACAAGUAACAGCUAAGUUAUCACCCAAUUCACCAAGCAUUCUGUAUGACAAAACUAGGCUGGAAUUUAGCAGUGUCCAACCAGAAACCUCCCUGCUGGGUUGGAUAUCAAUGUUUGAACUUUUUAACUUUCAUAUUUUAGAGGAAGAUGGUAAUAUGUGUGCAUUUUAAACAAGAAGGCAACAAAUGUCAACAAAGGUUUGGUAACAUUCAGAAGUAUUGUGCGGGUUAAACCUUGCAGCAGACCAGGGUUAGAUCUCCUCCAGGGUUAGCCUAGCGAGCUUAGGCAUCCGUUACCCUUGUCAAUAUAAUGAACUAAUCUAUCUGAUCAGGAUAUCCAAAUCAGAUUCUGCCCAAGCUGUGAUCUAAUUGGAGUUUAUAGUAUUGUGAUAGAAAUUCAGGCCUAAUGUGGAAAUAUAACUACAAUAGCUACAUGAUUUAAACUAUGAGCCAUGCACACAAGUUUUGUGUCAAUUUCAGGUGCUGAUGGCAGGUCUGUCACCAAGUGUAUCUAGGCCCUAAGCGGAGUGUGAAGUUCAAGACUAUCUUGUAGAAACCAGUCCACCAGGGCCAAUGAAUUUCCCCCACGCAUUAAAUUGUGACGAUGACGGCAGUGUUGAGCUACAAGAGCUACAUGAGACUACAAGACAAGGGGAAAGGUCAUGACACGGUUUGAAAUAUUCACAUCUCAAUGACGAUUGAUAACUGAUUAGGACCAAGAGUUGAGUAUUGUGAUCAGCACAGCAGUCUGAAUGAAUGUGGAUUGUUGUUAUGGAUUCUCCAGGUAUGCAGGAAUUGAUGGUACCGGUUGUCUAGAACAACGUCCAACUGAGGUGAGCUCUGAUUCCCUCUAGUGUGCUUUGCAGCGUGUUGGUCAGCACUAACACACUAUAUAAUUCCCUUAAGCAAACACACUUUGAAAAGGGACUCCUGUCUGUCUUUAAUGCUUAUCUUGUACCAAGGCUCUGGCCCAGUCCCUCUAGGGCACCAAUGUCUCACUCUGUUGUGAUUCUAAUGACAAUUGUCAAUCCAUCACCUUGCGUUUGGUUCAAUCUUGUCAUCGAUGUGUUUUUUUUUUACAGAUGCAUUUCUUCUGUGGUACUUGCUUUGUUUUUUAACGUGUAAAUGCUGUAAGAAAAAAAAGAGUAUGAUUUCUGACUUUUGUUAUUGCUUUGUUGUCUUGAGGUUUGUGUAAUGAAAGAGUAUCGACAAGUGAAUACAUGGGGUCCUCGUCUUUGUUACGUAGCUGUCAAAUCAGACACAGUCCUUCUGAAGAUAUUCCUGUUUCUCACCUUGUUUCUCACCUUGGAAUCACUUUACAUUUGCUUUAAUCAAAUAAAAGUGUGUCUAUGUUUAGUUCCUUAAA